ACGUCAACGUUCAGUUGACUAGACGUCAGAGUGAAAAAUUUAGUUUAUUUUACAAAUUAAUUUUGAUUUUCUUUGUUUGAGGCAGCGAAAUUUUCUGUAAUAUUAAUAUAAUUAGAAAAUAUAGAUAAAAAUAAGAAAAACGUUAAGAAAUAUGCAUUUGAAAGAAGUGAAACGCGUACGCUAAAUUAUAAUAACAUUAAAAAAGUAGAUAUAAUUUAAAAAAUAAGGUCACACACAUUCAUAUACAAAAAUAAACACUGAUUAGCAUUUACCUGGUGGGAAGAAGAUACGAAGACGAUACCAACAAAUUGAUUGAAAAUUGGUUUUACCGCCGUAGUAAACACUUUUGUUACUUAUAUACAGUUUAUGUGUGAAGUCAUAUACUAAUCGCCCGAGUAGUAGACAAGGAGUUCCAUUGAGAUUACUACAAAAUCAUGUCGAACGAAGACAUGUUAUAUGCAAAGGGGUCCAAAAUCUGGGUUCCCCAUCCAGAGCAAGUAUGGGAGACUGCCACAGUACAGAGGGAUUAUCACAAAGGCGACAUAACCAUACAGAUCGUCAAAGAUUCCGGCACUUCAGUGGAACUUUCUACAAAGCCCGAUGGAAGUAAUUUGCCACCACUGCGUAAUCCCGCUAUACUAAUCGGACAAAAUGAUCUGACGGCUAUGUCAUAUCUGCAUGAACCUGCUGUAUUACACAAUCUAAAGGUACGUUUCUGCGAACGACAAAUCAUUUACACCUAUUGUGGCAUUAUCUUAGUCGCCAUAAAUCCAUAUGCCGAAUUACCCCUCUAUGGCCCAAGUAUUAUACGAGCUUACCGUGGCCGUUCAAUGGGCGAAUUAGAGCCACACAUAUUCGCCUUAGCCGAAGAAGCAUACACCAAGCUAGAACGUGAGAAAUGUGAUUUAAGCAUAAUUGUAAGCGGAGAGUCAGGUGCGGGCAAAACGGUAUCUGCAAAGUAUGCAAUGCGUUAUUUUGCUGCAGUUGGAGGUUCUGAAUCCGAAACACAAGUUGAACGAAAAGUACUCGCCUCAUCGCCAAUCAUGGAGGCAUUCGGCAAUGCAAAGACUACACGUAACGACAAUAGUUCACGCUUUGGUAAAUUUACGAAACUACUUUUCAAGAAUAAUAUGAGUGUUAUGAAUCUUACGGGCGCUACAAUGCAUACAUAUUUGUUGGAGAAAUCACGUGUUGUAUUUCAAGCGCCGGGCGAGCGGAAUUAUCACAUUUUCUAUCAACUUUGCGAUGCACGUGAAAUGCAUCCGGAGUUAAUAUUAGAUCAUCAGGAUAAGUUUGAGUAUCUUAAAAUGGGGAACUCGCCACAUAUUGAUAGAGUCUCGGACAAAGAGCAAUUCAAAGAAACCAUACAGGCUAUGAUAGUGUUAGGUUUUAGCACAUUGCAGAUAACAGAUAUCUUAAACAUUCUUGCAGGUAUAUUGCAUUUAGGCAAUAUAAUAUUUGUACCACAGUAUAAAAAAGGCACUAACGACGUCGAUCCAGAUGGUUGUGAUAUCAAUCACAAUGACCUACACCUGCAUGUGACUGCUGACAUGUUAAAAAUUAAUCCAGAUGAGUUGCGUCAAUGGUUAAAAACACGUCAAAUCGAAUCAGUUAACGAACAAGUGCUUAUACCGAACAGCAUUAGCACCGCGCAAGCUGCCAAAGAUGCACUCGCAAAGCAUAUCUAUGCGAAACUCUUUCAGUAUAUUGUACAAGUUAUCAACAAGAGCCUAAAUACGGCUAGUCGCAAGCAAAACAGUUUCAUUGGCGUCUUGGAUAUUUAUGGCUUCGAGACAUUCGAAGUUAAUUCAUUCGAACAAUUUUGCAUUAACUAUGCAAAUGAGAAAUUGCAGCAACAAUUCAAUCAACAUGUAUUCAAAUUGGAACAAGAGGAAUAUUUGAAGGAAGGCAUAACAUGGACAAUGAUAGACUUUUAUGAUAAUCAGCCCUGCAUAGACUUAAUAGAAUCGAAGCUGGGCGUGCUAGAUCUACUAGAUGAGGAAUGUAGGAUGCCCAAAGGCAGUGACGAGAGUUGGGCUUGUAAACUUAUUGAAAAAUGCAAUAAAUAUCCACAUUUUGAAAAACCACGCUUUGGCACCACAAGCUUUUACAUCAAGCAUUUCUCCGAUACGGUUGAAUAUGACGUUUAUGGUUUUCUUGAAAAGAAUCGUGAUACCGUAUCGAAAGAGCUGGUCAAUGUUAUACGGCAAUCGCAGAUGUCGCUAUGCAAACAAUUAAUGGAUAUGGAGGAAAUUGAUACGCUGUGCGCAGACGCCGCAAAAGUGACAACGCUAGGUGGGCGUGUGGUGAUCAGCGCAACUAGGCAACAGUUAACUGCGGACAAUCGCAAGCGAAUCGCUCCGUCAAAGCAACAUCGUCGUUCGGUUGGCUCACAAUUUAGAGAGAGUCUUUCAUCGCUCAUAUCUACUUUGCAUGCAACAACACCACAUUACGUGCGCUGCAUAAAGCCGAAUGAUGACAAAGUGGCCUUCAAGUGGGAGGCUUCAAAAAUCGUUCAACAACUGCGCGCAUGUGGCGUACUCGAAACGGUACGCAUCUCAGCCGCUGGUUUCCCAUCACGCUGGUCCUACCAUGACUUUUAUAUGCGUUACCAAUUGCUGUCUCAUCGCACGUUGGUCAACAAAAAUGACAUGAAGCAAUCGUGUCACAAUAUUGUGACUAAAUGGAUACUCGAUGUGGACAAAUAUCGUUUCGGCAAUACGCAAAUAUUCUUUCGGGCCGGUCAGGUAGCCUACCUGGAGCAGGUGCGCGCAAAUCUGCGCAAGAAGUACAUAACGAUCAUACAGUCGGUGGUGCGUCGUUUCAUACAGCGGCGACGAUUUCAGCGUUUGCAGCGGACGGCGCUCGGUAUACAACGUUAUGCUCGCGGCUAUUUGGCUCGCCAGAAAGCGCAACAAAUGCGCGAAGAGCAUGCGGCUGUUGUCAUAUCGAAAUAUGCGCGCGGCUGGUUGUGCCGUCGACGUUACCUGCGUCUGCGCCACACAAUUUGCGGCAUACAACAGUAUGCGCGUGGUAUGCUGGCACGCCAACGCUUCCAGGCCGCCAUGGAUCACUAUCGCGCUGUGCAAAUACAACGCUUCAUACGCGGCUACUUGGCGAGACGCGCCUAUCAGAAGAAACGACGCGCUAUCAUUGUCUGCCAGUCGGCGGUGCGGCGUUUCCUGGCGCGUCGUCAAUUCAAGCGACUGAAGGCGGAGGCGAAAACAAUUUCGCAUAUACAGAAAAUGUACAAAGGUCUCGAGAACAAGAUCAUAUCAAUGCAACAGAAGAUUGACGAGCUUAAUCGCGAGAAUGUUAGCUUGAAGUCGAAGUCCAGCGAAAUUUCCGUAUUAAAAAUGAAACUAGAAGUGAAGAAAUCACUGGAACUUGAAGUGCGUAAUCUGAAAUCGAUCGUCGCUGAAAAGGAUAACAAUUUGGUGGCAUUGAAUAAGCAAUUGGAAGUUGAACGCGAUGAAAAAAUGCAAUUACUCGAGGAGAAAGAUCACACUGAGGAGGAUUGGGUGCAACAGAAGCAGGUUUGGCGCAUGGAAAAUAUCGAAUUGCGCAAACAGAUCGAUCAAAUGAUCGAAAUGGCGAAGAAUGCCGAAAUGAACACCAGUUCGCGUAUGGAACGUACAUUCUCUGAAGUUGAAACCUACGAAAUUAAUGAAGCCUACCAGCGUGCAAUCAAAGAGAAGGAGAUCAUAGAAAAUGAGAAUUACAUGCUGAAGGAGGAGUUGAGUCGCCAUCAGAAACCGAAUGGCACACGUGAUAAUAAUCAACAUUCACGUUCGGUUAGUAAUGCUUCGAGUCAAAAUGAAGACGACGUCGGCUAUGUUUCCGCCAAGAAUACGCUCGAACUGCGUCGCCAUCAAGGUGGAGAGAAUGCCAAUCAAAUAUCACCGGAAACUUUUACGACAAUCGAAACUACAUCAACGCCGAAAUCGGGACAAACGACUCUGAUUUUGAAAUUGCGCAGCAUACUCGAAGAGGAGAAAAAGAAAAACAAGCAGUUAACCGAACAAUUAGAGCGGCUGACGAAGCGAAAUAAUCAAACAGAAGACUCUAUACGCGUUUCCGAACUGGAGGUGGAGAAUGAGAAACUACGUAGCGACUAUGAUCUCUUGCGCAGCAGCAUCAAUCAUGGCUCCGAAAUGAAUGAAUUAGAAGCUCAAUAUCAAGCGUUGCAAGAGGAACUCCGACGUCGUCGUGAUGAGUGUAUCCAGCUAAAAGCUGUUCUACAACAGCAGAGUCAAUCGUUGAAGUCAUUCGGUACCACAGGCGUUUCGUUGCGUGGCGUGGAUUUGAAGAAUUUAAAUGAUAAUGAAUUGAUCGAGGCUUUCCAAGCCCAGAAGCUGGUCAAUCGACAAUUGGAGUCCGAGUUAAGCGCUUUAACAGAAGAGAAUAACGCACAUCUCGCCGAUCUAACACGGCAAAUUGAUGACUUGCGUCACGAAAAGACACAACUACAGGAACUGCUACAUAACGGACUGGAGCAAAUCGAUGAAAGCAAUAUUGAGGCAUUGCGUCAGAGUGAACGGUAUCUGCGUUACGAGUUGCAACGUUCGGUAUUGCAAUACUCACAGCUACAGGAGGAAAUGAAUGCCAUGACUCGCAAAUUUGAGGCGCUAAAACAGGGCAACGACAAGCUAAUGUUCAAACUAAAGGAGCACGGCAUUCCUCAAGAUGGUAAUAGCAAGGAAAAUGAUAAAAAGGCUGUGACUAACGUGAGCAAGCAGAAGAUACAAAAUUAUCAAGGUGUCAUGAAGUUCCGCAGUGAAGAUCUCGAUAAAAUUCUGCAACGUCUGGUGGGCGAUAUGACGCCACGUUUGGCUAUUGGACUAUUGCCCGGUUUCCCUGCGUAUAUAAUAUUCAUGUGUAUACGUUAUACGGAUCUUAUAAAUGCUGAUGACGAUGUACGCGAUCUGCUGAGCAAAUUCGUGAUGCAAAUCAAAAAAAUACACCGUAACCCAAACGUAAUCGAAAUACGUUCACUUUGGUUGGUCAAUUCCAUCACACUUCUCAAUUUAUUGAAACAAUAUGGUGACGUUGAGGAAUAUGUUAAAUUCAAUACGGAAAAACAAAAUCAACAACAACUAAAGAACUUCAAUCUGUACGAGUAUCGGCGCGUAAUAUUAGACAUAAUUAUCAGUUUAUACCAGGUGUUGGUGAAGCAGAUACAAACCCUAUUGGAGCGUUAUAUCGUACCAGCCAUACUCGAUAAUGACGAAAUCCAACGUAAUCGGCAAGUACAAGGUAUGCGAGGUCGUACUGCCUCAAUGGAUUCAACGUCAUCACCCGAGCAUGGUAAAGUAGCUGCCUGGAAGCUGCUCAUCAAUCACCUGGAACAAUUUUAUAAACAAUUCCAACACUUCGGCUUAGAUCGUUGUUACUCAGAACAGAUUUUCCAUCAAUUGUUGUAUUUCAUUUGUGCGGUCGCACUAAAUUGUUUAAUGUUACGUGGUGAUAUUUGUAUGUGGGAGACUGGCAUGAUUAUACGUUACAAUUUGGGUUAUAUUGAGGAUUGGGUGCGGAGCAAGGGAAUGUCAAAUGAUGUGUUGGCACCAUUGGCGCCACUGAAUCAAGUAUCACAGUUGUUGCAAUCGCGCAAGAGCGAACAAGAUGUGCAAAGUAUUUGUGAUUUGUGCACAUCGUUGAAUACGGCGCAAGUGUUGAAGGUUAUGAAAUCAUACAAACUGGAUGAUUAUGAAGGUGAAAUAACGAAUACGUUUUUGGAGAAACUCACCAAAAAGCUAAACGAACGUGCAAUGAUUAAAAACGACGAAUUUACUAUGGAUCAGAAAUUCAUACAUCCCUUCAAAGUGGUUUUCAAGUAUAGUGAUGUCAAAUUGGAGGAUAUUGAAUUGCCGAAACAUUUGGGCCUGGAAGACCUAUUGGCGAAAAUUUAAAUUAACCGUUAUGUGUGUAAGAUGUGUAAACAAUGUUGUUGCAAAUUUAUACAGUCCAAACAUUCCACCCUCCGACAAAGAAAGAAAAUAUAUACAUAUACAUAAAUUAAUAUUAGAAAAUGCUAAAAUUAUGAAUUUACAUUAGCUAAGCCUUAGUUACCUAUAUACUUCCAAGCUAAAAUUGUUAUUGUUAGAAAAGAGUUGUGACAGAAAGAUAUAUUGUGUACCUUGCGCAAUUUGUUGCCAUUGAAACAUACACAUAUUAUUAUUAAAGUAAAUUACGUACUUAUGAAUGAAUUGAACAUUCCCCCCUACACGAAAAAAAGUAUUUUGUAACUGAAUACUUUAAUACUAGCGCUAAUAUACAUAAAUAUAUUUAGAAAAAAAAAACAUGCAUAGCAUAAACACUAAAUGGACUAUUUCAGUUACUUAAAAUAAAUUAUAUAAAUUAUUUGUGUUAAUUUAUAUUAAGCUUAUAAGCAAUUUUAUUUAAAAAAAAAUUGUUAUGUAUAAUUGUACAUGAAAAGUGUAAAACGUUUAAGAAUUUGUUUAGAACAUAUGUUGACAUUGUGCAACGACUUAAACUCGCCUAUUAGUUAAUUUAUUCACGACAAAAGCUAAGCAUCUCCAUCUUCAUAAAAUACUAAAACAUUUGAAAAACUUUGUUAACGGUACUUGUUAGUAUUAUUGGCAUAUACACAUAUACACAUUAAAUGAAUUAGUAAAAUAAUGCAAUAAUUGAUAUAAUCAGCUAUAUUAAAUUUUGCAAGGUUACAUUGAAAUUGGAGUUGGAGUUGAAGUUGUAUUUAAAGCGUGGGAAACUUUUUGAAUAGCUUAAUAAUGUUAAUAAUGGUGAAACCACAGCAACAUAGUUGCCUUAGUGUUGGCGAGCGAGCAGCAGCAACAGCAACACCGACCACUGAGUAUGUGUUUGUGAGCAAUCGUACAUGUGAUAAAAAAAAAUAAUAUAAAAAAGAAAAAUGUUUAUUUAUACACAUACAUACAUCCUUAUACAUAUGUAUUAAAAGUACACAUUAAAUCUAUAGAAAUAUAUUAUAAAGAAAUCUACGUCUGUUGAAUAUGCAAAUUCCUAAAAAGUUUAACUGCCUGCACUAGUAAGUAGCGAAGAACAUAGCCCUUUUCGUUUAUAGAGCACGCUGCUACUACAUAUUUGAUAGACUUGUAUUUAUUGCAUUUUGUUUUUCAUUUAUUUAGUUAUAUUACUUUUAGUGCAAAAAUAUUGUGAAACACUUGUGAAAAUUAAUAUUGAUUAUGAUUAUAAUUAUUGUAAAAAGAAAAUAAAACACAAAAAUAAAUUUGGUAAACAAUGUAAAAACAGAUAAAAUUAAAAAAAUAAGAACAAAUUUAAAAAAAUCCAACAAAACAAUGGCACUUCAAUAAUAAAAUCAUAAUUUAAAGUUGUUAAACACUUUUGGCAUAAUUUUAGCGCAUUUAGAAUAUCCAUCAAGCCUUGGUUACUUAAAUAUAUACAUUGUGGCAACUAUUACUUCGUGUAUACAACAUUUUCCGCUCAUAAUUUAUAUAUGUUGAUUACUUUUCUUUACUCUAAACAUAAUUUAUUUUACAUACAAUUAUUUAUUUGCCAAAAUAUUGCUGAAAUUGUAAUAAAAUUAAAAAGUAUUUGAGAAAAAUCUUUAUUUUGAUUAGCUCAUAAGCAAAAAAACAUAAAUUAGGUUGCUUUAAAUUACUAUAAUAUAUGAACUUAGCGCAUUUUAUACAUACAUAUGUAUAUAAUUGUAUGCAUACACAUAUACACAUAUAUAUACAUAUGUACAUAUAUAUAUACAUAUGUAGUACUUGCUAACUUUGUAAAGCAGCUAAAAAUGAUUUUUGUUUUUGUAGAGGCUUUAACUGCAUGACACAUGUAGACAUAACAAUUUUGAGACUUUGCCUGUUUAUAAAUAUAAAUGUUUUAGAUAACAUAAUACUUAAAAAUAUUUGUUUUGAAUGCAAACAUAAAUAUUUAAAAUUAAAUAAUGCAACAUAAUUGAAAAAAUAUAUAAAACUGUAUCUGUAUUGAAAAUUAUUUUUUAAAAAGUUAUAGAAAAGUUGCCAAAAUUCGUUUAUCUGAAAAACACUAAUUUAUUCAAAUUCAUAAGUUUCAUUUUCUUAAUGCCAUUUAAUUAUUACAAAUCUUGCCCAAAUGUCUGAAAUAUUAUUAUUAGCUAUGCAAAAUCGCAUUAAUAAAAUAAUUUACUCUGAAAUAUGCAUUGUAAUGUAAAUUAGCCGAAAUGCCAAACUUUACACAGUAUGCACAUUCCUGAAUACAUAUGUACAUAUUUAAAUAUUUAUGUUAAGCUCCAAAAACUUCCGGUAUUGCCAUAAAAUAACAACGAUUUCCAAUGUUAAAUUUCAAAACAUGCAAUUACAAAACUACGUACAUAUUUCAAAUAAAUAUAAUAUACAUUAAAAAAACCAA